AUGUUAAAAGACCUGAAAAUUUGCCACAUGAUUGGGGAAGGGGAGGGGGAAUCCCAUGGCUAUGAGGAGGACAAAAACACUCAUGGAAACAAAGUUGAAGGUUACCAGCAGACUCCCCCUUUGGAUAAAAGGAAGAGGGCAAUCACUGCCCGCCGGCAGCAUCUCAAGAGUGUUAUGCUCCAGAUUGCUGCUACUGAACUUGAAAAAGAAGCUACAGCUAAGGAACAAGAAAAAGCCAACUACCUUGAAGAACAUUGUCCAGCUCUGCAUAUCCCACAUUCUAUGCAAGAACUGCAGGAACUGUGCAAAAAGCUUCAUGCUAAGGUAGAACAGGUUGAUGAGGAAAGAUACGACACAGAGAUGAAAUUACAGAAAACUUCUAAGGAGCUUGAAGAUUUGAGCCAGAAACUGUUUGACCUGAGGGGCAAGUUUAAGAGACCACCUCUGCGUAGAGUCCGCAUGUCUGCUGACGCUAUGCUGCGUGCCCUUCUGGGCUCCAAACACAAAGUCUGCAUGGAUCUUAGAGCUAACCUGAAGCAAGUCAAGAAGGAAGACACUGAAAAGGAGAAGGACCUGCGUGAUGUAGGUGACUGGAGGAAGAACAUUGAAGAGAAGUCUGGAAUGGAGGGCAGGAAGAAGAUGUUUGAAGGCGGCGGCGGCGAGUAAUAUGAACCCUGCAGCUGUUCAGUCUGAUCCUCAUCCCUGUCCAAGUCCCAAUGCUUUUCUUCCACCUAUCUUGCCACCUCACUUCCUGCCAAUUCUUUACAGCACUGUUUUUGGGAUGACUUUCCUCAGGCCACAGUUGCAUUUCAUAGAGCAAUCCACCGUACAGACCCUACCCACAGCCUGAUCCCAUACUAUUGCUGGGAAGACUAUUGUCUUGAGCUGUGAGUGUCUUAAAAUACAUUUUGCAACCAUUGUAGUUGCAUAAGCGUAAACAAUUCAGUCCUCAUAAAUCCUGUAAUUUGGUAGGAUCUGUUGUUACAGAGUGAACUAAACUGAUGUAAAUAAAGCUUUGGAAGUAUG